AGUACAUCCCGAGCUCCUUUGACCCCCUCAGGAGGGAAGCACUUGGACUCCGUCUCCUCCCAAAGAGAGACCCUCAUAGGCCGCCCUCUCCUUAUUUGUAUUGUCAUUUUUAGUUGAUUGGAAUGGUACGCCACUUGUGGAUGCCAUCCUGGCUAGAAAGUGAGACGUGCACACAGGUCUAAAUAAAUAAAUAAGAUGGCAACCACUCCCCCUGACAGCAUCUGAGGGAGAGGAUGCCGUUUGGCUGCAUCGGACUGCGGGAUGAAAAGAACUACAACAGCUUGUCUGACAUUACUGACAAGUAUGAAAUUGGGCAACUGCUACGGGCGAAAGAGUUCUGUGAGAUCUGUGUGGCUCGCGAACGCCAGACAGACAGACUGUACAUCUGCAAGAAGUUCCUCAAGAAAGAUGGGCGCAAAGUGCGCCGGGCAGCUAAGAAUGAAAUCCUCAUCCUGAAGAUGGUGAGUCACCCCAACAUCUUGCAGCUGAUUGACACCUUUGAGACACGGAAAGAAUUCUACAUCAUCCAAGAACUGGCCACUGGUGGGGAUGUUUUCGACUGGAUCCUAGACCAGGGCUACUACACGGAGAAGGACGCCAGCAAUGUCAUCCGGCAGGUGCUGGAGGCAUUAGCCUAUUUACAUAACCUGCACAUUGUCCACCGCAACCUCAAGCUGGAGAAUCUCAUGUACUACAACCAGAACAACCGCUCCAAGGUUGUCCUGCGGGACUUCUAUCUAUCGCGCUUUGAGAAUGGUGCCAUCACAGAGCCAUGUGGGACCCCUGAGUAUUUGGCUCCUGAGGUGGUUGCCCGACAACGUUACGGACGUCCUGUUGACUGCUGGGCUGUAGGGGUUAUCAUGUUCAUUCUCCUGUCUGGGAACCCCCCAUUCUACGAUGACACCGAUGAUGAAAACAGUGACAGCCACAACCGCCGUAUAUUCCGCAAAAUUCUGGCUGGGGACUAUGACUUUGACUCCCCCUAUUGGGAUGACAUCUCUCUUGCUGCCAAAAAGCUGGUGUCACGGCUUAUGGAGGUUGAUCAGGACCAGCGAAUCACGGCACAGGAGGCAUUGGGACAUAUCUGGAUAUCUGGCAACAUUGCCUCCGAAAAGAACCUCAAGGAAGGGGUAUGUGCUCAGAUUGAAAAGAACUUUGCCAAGGCCAAGUGGAGGAAAGCCAUACGUGUUACGACCUUCAUGCAACGUCUCCGGGCCUCAGAGGUCAGCGGCCGCCUCCCUGUCACUCCCCGUUCCUCCAUGAGUGUUGCCCACGAGGUUACCAUUGAGACGCCCAGACUGGCUGAACAUCUGGAAGCUCCACGCCCUUUGGAGGAGCCACAGAGCAAGACAGAGGGAGCCACAGAGAAGAAGGAAUAACCGCUCCUGCUUCCCCGGCCCCAUCUCCCGAUGCUUUCUCUGCUCAAUCCACAUAUACACUCUCUCUCCUCUGCCUUUGGAGGGGGAGGGCUCUGUGCAUGGGGCGAAGAACUUGGGAGCUCCUGAGCAGCGUCAUCCCCUCCCCUCAGCCCCUGCCAUUGGCCAGGCACAGGAGCUCUUUGGUUUGGAUGGACAGGCAACUAGAAGGAAGAACUGAUCAACCAAACAGAGAUGCGUGCUGUAGUGGGAAGGAGGGACUGAGGACUGGAGGCAGGGUAGUACAGGUAGUUGUCUGCUGCCCCUGCAGAAUGCAUCUGCCUCAUUAGCAGAAGUGUGGGGCACCUUUCUAGCCCUUUCCCAGUAGCCAGUACAAGCUGUGUCCCUUGCCAUACAGCAUCCUCACCCCAGUGCAGAUAAACACUUAUGCCUUGCUGAGCUACAGCCUCUCACAGGCCCACUGCCCCACAGCAUCUGCCUCCUUCCCUCUGGGGUGUCACAAAGGGGCAUAAAGAGGAUAGAAGGGUCUGGCCUACAAUUCCCUUCCCUCACAAGCAAGUUAGAGGCUAAUUUGAACUAAGGCAUGAAAUGCAUCCUCUCCCAUUUGUGGAUGCCCUUAGGAGCCAAGCAUUCCUACACUAAUGCCAACGUGUACACUAAAGGCGAGAGGAAUGGGGAGCGAUUCCAAGCUAGUGAAGCAAACGUCGGAGGAGAGUCCUCUCUGUGGACUCUCCACUUUCCAGCCUAUCCCGGUCCUGUUCUCCCCAGCCCUGCAUUUCACUUUUAGAAUGGCAGGAGCCGUUUGGGAAGCGUGUCAUGGAUUACUGCCCUGCUGGUUUGGAUCUGAACUCCAGCUGGACUGUGGAGGGAGGGGUGAGGAAAGAGGGGUGCAUGUCCAGGCCAACUGCAUGUUUUACGAAGAUGCUAUUUUAAUACAGAAACCUCCCAGCUGCCCCUCCCCUGGUGCUGUCAUUCCCUCUCCUGGGGCAGCUCUGGGAAAUAAACAGAGUCUUUCUCUG